UCUUGACUAAAAAUAUGCUUUGCGUAUGUUUUUAUUUUACUUUCAAAUAUUGAGAUCCGUAAUUUAACCGGCUAGUAACGACCGACUCUUCGAAGCGCAGGCCAGGGGUAAUCCAAAGUCCAAACCGGGUUUCGACCGGAUUCUCGCGAGGGACUCAGUUAGUUUCCAGUUUACACUCUUUACAGUUUACAGUUGCGUCCCUCUUAUUCUUUCAGAACUUCGACGUCGGGCGUCGCCGCCGCCAACGCUAUAUCGGAGCUCACCGCCGGUCUACAUCUUCCUAAUUUGAGACCCUCUUGCUUACAGAAUCAUUCCCAGACGCCGAUAUACUUCUUUGCAUUUUUCAAUCUCCACCGAAUCCAGCUUCUGUAAUAAGAAAUGGUUAUCCCUCCGGUUAGGCCUGAAAGAGUAACCAAAUUUCUGAAACCAUAUGUGUUAAAGAUGCAAUUCACAAACAAGUUCGUGUCAGCCCAAGUAAUCCACACGCCAACUGCAACAGUAGCAUCCUCUGCAAGUUCCCAGGAGAAGGUACUGCGGUUAAGCAUGGAAAAAGCAAAAGAAAGCACCGGGGAUGUGGCUGCGGCUGCCAAGAUUGGGAAGAUAUUGGGCGAGCGACUACUCCUGAACAAUAUCCCUGCUGUAUCAGUCUUCCUCAAGAGAGAACAGAGAUAUCAUGGCAAGGUUAGAGCAGUUAUAGAUUCAGUUAGAGAAGCCGGCGUCAAGUUGAUUUGAACUUAGAAUAAUCGAAUCCAACGUCACUUAGAAAAAUCCGGUGUUUACAGGUCAAUCUGGAUUUGUAAACUUGUGUACAAGAUGAAUAAAUUUUCAACAUAUCUUGUUUGCAUUUUGUCUGAAGUAUGACAUUGAUCUAUGCACUUUUGGGCUUUUGGAUAACUUUUGACAUAAAAGUAACAAAUUGGUCGUUUUCGUUACCCGUGGCUCACGAGAUGGUAGUUCACUAGUUCAGCUGUGAUUCUUUGAAUUAGGAAUUAGUAUCCAAAUAGAUAAGGAAGGUCCAGAUUUUGCUAUUUUAUCUAUUAUAUUCUUAAUAUUGUGGCUUAACCUAUCAGGAAGGUUGAAGCUCUUAUAAAGGCAUGAAAUCAUGCAGCAUGGACUUUUAACAACUUGGUAGGGCAAUCACAGUGACCCACAGAUAUGUCUUGUAUGAUUUGGAUUUUGGAAGGUGGGAUGGGUUGGUAACUGUCCCUUUUUGGCAAAGGGGGCUUUAGGAG